CCCACGCACACGUCAUCCAACGGGACUUUUAUUGUUUUGCUGGACGCGAAUGGUGUGUGAAGAAACUGACAUUUUCAUCUCUGAAAUACAUCAUACUUGAUUUGCAAGAAGCUUCUUUAGAUACGUUACUUUAACAUGGCGACACAGAAACAUGUUUUUCAAGUGGAAAUGACUUGUGAGGGCUGCUCCGGGGCUGUGACUCGAGUUCUCACCAAGCAAGGAGACAAAGUAGCAAAGUUUGACGUCAGCCUGGAGACACAGAAGGUUAUCGUUGAGUCUGCCAUGAGCUCCGAUGAACUGUUGGCGAUAAUCAAAAAGACUGGAAAGCCCACCACAUAUGAAGGCAUUACAAACUGAAGAUGACUCCUGGCAUGUGGGAUCAACUGCUGAUUGCAUAGUUUUAUAGCAAGCUUCAUAUUUAUCCAGACACUACUGCUUUUUAUUCAUUAAACAAAACAGCAUUUAUCACCAUACCAAUAGAGAUAAUGGAAAUAAUAUAUACAAGUACUGACAGUUGUCACUUUGUAGCCAGCAGAAAAUCUAGUCAAUUAAUCGGUGGUAUCAGACGUCACGUAGGCCCCCUACAAAUUAAUUUCUGCAAAUAAUACAUGUCGCCCGUAAAAAGUGUGCUACCCCUUGUACAAUUUGCAUUAUUAAGAAUUUUGCAACAGUAUCAAACUGAUUGGAACAUUUUAAAAAUUAAAUUAUUGAUAAUCACAAAUUUUCCUAUGUGAAAUGUGUCAUUGGUUUACCCCAACAGUAGUGUCUCGAUCCAGUACAGUUACUCUUGUUAUAACAAGGUUCAAUUCAAAUAAUUCAAAAUAAAGAAACACAAAGAAGACUAUGAAAUUUUGGAAUUGAUAUUGGAUAACUUUCCGUAUGGCGCCACCACUUUUUCACUAAUUUUUACAAAAAGGGUUAUCUAAUUGAGGUAAAU